AAAAAAUGAAAGUUACAAUAAUUUUUGGUUUAAUUUUGUUUGUUUUACUUAUAUUUGGUGGCCAAGGUGCUUUAAUUGAUAAAUUAAAUGGCAAACCAAAACAACAAGCUCCAGUUAUUUAUGAAAGAAAUGACCAAGCAUUUAAAGCGCAUCAAUUGGGAAAUAAUAAUUAUAAACAAACGGAAGGAUUUAAAGAAUUUAAAUAUGGAAAUGCUUAUAAAACACAACAAGGAUUCAAAGAUUAUCAAAUGAAAAAACAUGGAGAUUAUGAACAAGUAAUUAAACCGACACGAAAACCAUACAAUGGUGGUGAUGCAACCAUAAAAUUACGUUUGGAUAAGCGUUAUACUAGCAACGAUAAUCCUAAUGCCCUCAUAGACUAUAGGGUGCCAUUAACUAAAGGUAUAGGUGUAUUUAAAGUUGAGUUGGAUAUACAUAUUAGGAAACUGGUUAAAAACAAUAAAGUAUUUAUACGCGAACUGUAUUUAAAGGGUCAAAAUCUAAAUCAUCGAAUACCUAAAAUAAAAACGGAUAAAAAAAACUGGUAAAUUAAUUGGAACGACCUUAUAUGAUGAAGGUAUCGAUGAUGGCGAUAUUCUUGACGUUAUUUUAUUUAAAAACCCUUAAAAACUUGUAUAUAAGUUAAAAAACCUAACCUAACCUAACC